CAUAUGUAGCGAGCGAGAGAAGCUUGGGAGAAGUAGUCUUUGUUAGCUAGGGAACUUAUCAUGCCGAAAUUCGACCCUUAUCUGAGUGUCGGUCCGUAUAAAGCAGGACAACAUACAGGCGUGACUCUUUCCUAUGUCCAAGCUGCAAGACUUGACCGUCCAUUGGGGAUCCACCCGUUGUUGGCUUGUGUUACCUGGGACCCCAAGCCAUACGGAAAAUACAUCUCAUGGAAUGUCGUAGAAUUCCCAGCUCUUGCUUGCGUCUACAUCGACUAUGAUGAGAUGCCAACUGGACUCAUCAAGGAGCGUUGGCAGCCUGCCACAUCGCCGAAAGUCGAAGAGCUGCAUCUGUUGCACGAUGUCUCUGGAUGGACAAUGAGAAUAGCCAACACCUUGGGCGUGAACGUGACCGACGUGCUCACUGGAAUCUUCGACUUCUUUGCUGCUCCCCUGUAUGUCGACGAGCUUGGCGAGAUGCAUCCAAGAGCCGUUCGCGUCAUGGAGCAGCAAUACUUUGAAAAAAGGCAACAAGGCUUUGCAGACUCUUUCUUGGGCUACAGGAAGUCUGACGCACUCCUCAACAUGACUUAUUUCAAAGGCAUUCGAUAUGACCUAGACUUGGCUUUUCUCAAGCUCAACUUUCGAGCUACAAACGUGUUCAUACUCAGUCUCGGUAACUGCUGAACAAUGCAC